GCGAUAGAAGAAAGGAUCCAGGAGGCGUCUGAUCAUGUGGCACGAAGCCGUAUGGAUGAUAAGGCUCGAUGGGAUCUGUCUGCGCGGGUGAGGAAAGUACCGUUGGCAGUUGGGGAUGUCGUGCUUCUCUACGAUUCAUCAUCGAAGAAGCAGUGGUCCAGGAAGCUCGAUAAGAGGUGGUUAGAUCCCUACCGGAUCGUACGGGUUGGAGACUUCGGAGCAUACCAGAUUGAAGAGCUAAAUGAGACUGAGUGGAAGGAUUGGGUAUCUGGAACGCGACUGAAGAAAUUUGAGGCGAGAGAAGAGAGGAUUGAGAGGCUGAGGGGAGUCGGCAGAUUCGAGGAGCCCGUCGCACGGAUCCAUAGAGAGGCGACGACGAGGUCAGAGGUGGAGUUGAGGAUGCAGGAGCUGCGACCCUCGCUUGUGGGACAUGAUGGCAGGCCGAUCCGGCUGGAGAUUGGGAAUGCGUCAGACUUCAUCCCCGCUUUUGAGUGGUUCAUGCAGGGGCAGGGUAUACCGAGAGACGAUUGGAUGCAGACAUUACCACUCUGGACCAGGAAGGCGGAAAGACCACUUGCUAGGCAGGAUACUCAGCGAGAGAGAGGGCUGGGCGAUGAGGGGAGACGUGCAUGGAAGGAAGUGAUAGAGGUUGGAGAGGACACGCACCCACAGACGCCAGCGGUAGGUUUGAGACUCGGGGAUGCACCAGGGAGCACUCGCCAGGCAGGGGAAAGGUUGCAGAGAGAGAAGACCCCAUUGCCUUCAUCAGAAAAGGCCCCUUCGCCAGAAAGGAGAGCAGAAAGGAGGAGAGAGAGGGCAGCUGUAAGGAGAGAAGCCUUGACCCUAAUUGACAGGCACCUAGCAGCUCAUGCCCUGGAGCACCCAGACCUGGAAGAGCCAGCACCUGCAGAGCCGCGCCAGGAGCCGUGCCAGCCCGAGAAGGAGAUGGAGGCAGAGAUCCCGAAGAGGGUCGACCUCCGCACGAGGGAAAGGGCGCCAGCUGGAGAGACAGCAGAGGAAAAGAGGGCGAGAAGAACCAGGAGGAUAGACGAGAUAUGGCAAGAGAGGCAGAGGUUGGAGGCAGCGGGGGAGCUUCCGGAGCAGCAGCGGGAGGGGCAGAGAUCGGAGGCAGUAGGAGCACUCCCAGGUCAGCCACCCAGCGCGCCAGCUAGGGCCCUGGAGAUCCCUGAGAUGUGGAGGGACUUUUGGGAGCAGAGAGGAGAGGAGCUUCCUUCGCCAGUCAGAGUCGGGUUUGGGGUGGCCAGGAAGGCGAAAGAGAGGUUAGAUCGCAAAAUCAAGUUCCUGGCCAAAACAACCUUUGACCGACACUUGUUAUUGGAGGGCGAUCUGACAGGAAAAAAGAUAAAGGAAGUAAGCCAUGGAGUACGCCUGGAGGCUAUGGAGAUGGAAAUCCAGAAACUCAGGGCAUUGGUGGUCAGCCAAGCAGCUAUCAUUGAGAGUCUGAGGCAGCAAACCCAGAGAAAGGUGGAUAAGCCAGAGAGCAGCACGCAGGGAGAGCAGAGGCAGCCAGGACAUGGGUUACCAGGACAGCCAUCUGCAGCAGAGCCUCGCCAGGAGCCACCUAUGAGGAGAGUUAUCCUGGAGCCAGAGGAGGCGAGAGCCCAGAGGCAGGCGGAGAGAGAGGCGUUCGAGUUCAAAGCCCCUACCGAGCUCGCGACGCUGCCAGUGGCAGCGGCGGGCCCAGUCGUACCUUUGGCAGUAGAGGAGGGGUUGCCACCAUCUAGCAGUGAGCCGGCUCAAGGCUCAGCAGAGGGAUCCAUGGGUGUGCUCCUUGAGGCGGUGCACACUAUGCAGGAAGAGGCGAGUUUAUUUUCACCCGAGCAGAGGAUAGAGAAGCCUCUUAAGAGAGAGAUGGGGAUUGAGGCGAAGGGUGUCAUCGAGGGAUGGCUCUAGAGGUUGGGCACACCUGAGUAUGGGCCAGAGGAGAUUGAGGAGCAGCCCAUGGCAGUGCCAGGAUAGACACUUGAGAGGAGACCUCAGAGGUUGGACACGC